AUUUUUGCCAUUUUGCACGACAGACGGCAGCAUGACGAGAGCGAUACUGGUGCUAUUGCCAGCAUUAUGUGUACUUGCCAAUGCUUCGAGGCUGAAGAGUGGGCAUGAUGUGCGGAGGAGUGUCGUUGAGGCACACCGUGACACCGCUGAAGUCCUUCUUCCCUCGGAUGACUGCACAUGGAAGCGCAUUUGGCGCGCAGACAUCUCGCAACAAGCUUCUUCGUCGGACAAAGAAUCGAAUGCAAGCGGACACAAUACACGCGCCGAUGGGUCGGGAUUCGUGAUUGAGGUCGCGCAGGACUGGAACGGGUCGUACGUAUCAAGCCACGUCGUGUUCUCUCUGGAAGGCGCAACCUUCCCACCGCAGGGCAAGCUGGUGCUACGUGCGCAAUUCCCAACCGGUCGCGGCCUUCGACCUGUGCUGAAGCUGGUCAAGCACGCCAAGGAGUUGGUGGUCGUCCAAGGCAGCAGCAACCACCCCACGAGCUUGAUUGUCAAUCCACGGGUUCCUGGACCGACCGCCGCCAAGGCAGCAUCCAGUCGUCUGCGUCUCCAGGACUUUCCCUGUCUCCACGAAUCGUUUGCAUCCGCCACACACUCAUUUGAACUGUCAUGGGACAACCACUGGCUUCGGUGGUACGUGGACGGCGCGUUUUACGCAGAAGCCCCUCACCCGACCUCGUUCUUCACGCCCGACGCCACGUACCCCCUCUCCGUCGUCGUAGCGGUCGACGUGGUCGGCGACAUUGCUCCGCCGCCAUCCAGUGCCGCUGCUGCGGCGGCGGCAUUCCAUGUCCAAGAUCUGCUGCUCCUAGAACAAACGUCGAACACGUGCACCCCGGUCUUUGUCAACCCCGCGGACUGCCGCCAGUACUCUGCCAACCCCCCUCGGCCACCAUCUUCCCCUCUCCCUCCGAUUCGAUCGGGGUCGCUGGAAGGCUCCAUGUCCCUCGCCCAAGUGUACGACUUUCUCAACGACGCCAUCCCCGACCUGUUGUCGGACAUGCCCCACAUGUGGCGCAAUGAAGUGAUUGGCACGUCUGUGGAAGGCCGGCCGAUCGUCGCGCUGUGUCUGGGCCUGUGUCAUGCCACGUCAUCGCCUCCUCAAGCGUUGUACACUGGUCUGCACCACUCCCGAGAGCCCAUGUCCAUGAUGAACUUGGCAUUUUUCAUUGACCAUCUGGUGCUGGGGCUGCGAGGCCACCAUCCAGCGAUCACGUCGUUGCUGUGGUCGCGCCAGUUGUGGUUCAUCCUCGUGGUAAACCCCGACGGGUACGCAUAUAACGAAGCGCACAUGCCGCUGCAUCCGGACCAAUCGUUUGCAGGCCAGCGCAAGAACCGGCAUCCGUCAACGUGCGGCAAAGCUCCCGACACUGGCGUCGACUUGAACCGCAACUACGACGUGUGCUUCUCCGAGGACGACGUGGGCAGCAGCGACGACGUGUGCGGAGAGGACUAUCGCGGCCCCGCGGCAUUUUCCGAGCCAGAGACCCGCGCCGUUCGAGAUUUGGUCGCCCGGCACAACUUUACUACGGCGUUCAACUACCACUCAUUUGGAGAGUACUUUAACAUCCCGUUCGCGUGCCAGCCCAAGGGCGUGCCGCCGCCGUUCGCUAUGACCGUGUUCAAAGCCCUGGCGACUGACAUGACCAAGCUCAACGGGUUCAAAUAUGGCCAGUCGUGGAAAGAGAGCAACUUGUACUCUGUGAACGGAGAAACAAGCGACUGGAUGUGGCACGCCCACGGUAUCUUUGCCAUGUCCCCCGAGACUGGGCCACGGUUUGACGUGGGGAGUUUCAGAGGGUUCUGGCCGUCCGACCCGUCGUUGAUCCUUGCAAUAUGCGAACAAUUGCUGCACUCCAACUACGUGUUGGCGCAGAGUGCCGGGCCAGAGAUCGAGCUGACCAUGGACAAAUGGACCACGAUCGACAUGGACAACACUGACGGUGGUGGCGGCGUGGCUGGGGUGACGUUGGACAUCACUCUAUGGAACCACGGCCUGCGGUCGUCGUCGAGGGCGGUCGAAGUCGUAGCGUCCGUGCACCUGAAUGGAAGUCAAAGCAGUCCCGUGUACUCGCUUCCGACGCUGUUACAUGCCGCGGACCCGCAUAACGCCGCCGUGCGGCUCACCAUGGUCGUGCCAAAUGACAACAUGACGACAUCGCUGCCCAGUCGCGUGUACUUGGUGGUUCGCGACGGGUGGACCUGCUCGUUUUACCGCAUAUGUACGUAUGUCUCGAAUGUCUUCUACGCUAUCGCAUGUGUGACAGUGUCAUGUGACGCUGUGUUGGUGGGUUCGAAAAAUGUGUGAUGGUGUUGGUUGUAGCGUUGGGCCAUGCCGCCGCCGACGGGGCGUUUCAAGUGUGGCGGCCGCUGGUGCUGCCGCCGUGCGGCACGUGUGCAUCGUUUGGAUCGGAUCUGUCUGUUCACAGUGAUCAUGUGAACUGCAUGACAUUGCACGCGUCCUUGCUGCAUGUGACAGUGUCGCAUACUCACAUUGACGACGUGGAUGGGAACUUGACCAAGUACGACGACGACAUGGUUGACACGGUGGGUGUAGUCACUUUGAGGCCCAACAGCAUGCCAGAGGUGGCCCAUCAUGAGAAGAAGGCUUUGCUGCUGGUCAGUUUGAUUGUGCUGCUGGGGAUGGUGGUCGGCAUGAUUGGGCUUCGACACGCCAAAGCCAAACGGUCGUCCGACCGUGACGAGUAUGCCAAAGUGUCCAAGACCGAAGCCGCCGCCGACGACAACGACGAAGAAGAAGCACUAGACAACAUGCUCGACUUGAGUUCGCCGAAGUCGAUUCCGGAAACCCCGUCAUCCAUGAUGGAGACUGGAACGCAGAGGCGGGUGCGGUCCCCUCUGCGGGAAGAUCAACAAGGACUUCUAGUCAAGGACAAUGCGGUCAGUCGUCGAGUUCGAUCGCCACCGCCGCCCUCCACUCGUGGCGGCAGUAGCAAUAGCCAUGACGAAGUGUAACGUAUGUAUGUACAUUACAUCACGAAUCUCUGCUCAAAACGAGCUGGCUGCUGGUCGUUCGUCCUAGUCCGUCUUCUUCAGCUCUUCUUGCCUAGCCGCGCUGGUCGCACCGUCUUCAGUCCCCCACUGAAGCUUGCCUUGGGCUUGCAAGCUGCGCGCUUCCAUAAGGAACCAGUUGAUUGACAAGGUCAACCCCACAGCGAGAAACAAAAACACAAACAUGUGAAUCGAGUCUUCGAUGCCCGACCAUAUCGUCAGCCCGAUCACCGCCAGCAGCGUCACGAGCACCCCGUUGAGCACAAUCACAAACUUGUCCCCUGUGCCUGGCUCCAGCGCCGACUUGAUGGCAUCGGCGAACACUCCCAUCGUUUGUUGUGUUCUGAAGC